CGCAUUAUUGCAUGCGCUUCCUUAUUUCCAGCACCUUCACUUAGCAAACCAUCCGAUCGAUCAAUCGCUCUCACUGCACACAACACACAUUUCGUCCUUUUCGUCCUUUUCUCCUUCUCACUGCUACUGUACACAACUUCAUCUGCAGUAUUAAUAUCAGUACCGUUCCGAAAGCAAGGAGUUCGAGGUCAGUACACCUUUCCUGCCGCACUUCUCUAAUUACAGUGAGACUUUCUUGCCCCGGACCUUGCAUUAUCACAUCUACCUCCCAUCUGUGGCCACCGGUCCAAAUCGUCAGAGUAGACCAGGAGUUUGAAUCGAGAUCCUACAGAUUUAAUCUCCCUAAAUUUCCGAGCCGUCGUCGCACUCUGGUGAACUUCUCAGGCUGAACGAAAUUGCACUUUCUUCGAUGCAGCCUAUGCUGCAACACAGCGGCGUUCAGUGAAGAUGGGGAAGGUUACGAGGAAGCCACAGGAGAAGCACAAGGUAUCUUUGUCGCCUGCGGUGUCAGAUCUCGUCCAGAAAGUUUCCACCGUCCCUCUCGCAGAUCUACCCGCCCUCUUCAGCGGCUGGUCACAAAGAUGGCCAUACCCUCGUGGCGAUUUGAACAACUGGAUCGAACCUCUUGAUCGAUUCGACAGCAUCCUCCAAUCUUUCAAUGCGAAAUAUGGCUUGGAUAAAGGUCCACAGACCACCUCAUUUGGUAUCUCAUUACUUCUCGAACAAAGUCCCGGAACCGACGAGAAGAGAUUGAAAGAGCUAGGGUUUGGACCGGAAGGUGACAGAGAACUGGUGGAAGCGAUCCUGGUCUUCUCGAAGCUGCUGGUUGAAAAGUGCGCGAAUCGUACAGUCUACAACAGCACAGAUCGCUUAAACGAUCUGCUCAACACCACGUCUUUGUCCCUUCUUCAUACCACUCUACGCAUCACUUUCUAUUUAGCACAGCGGUUCGCCGAUAGAUCUCUUGGAUCGCGGCCGUCGGCGGGCAAGUUCUACGACUUUGAUCACGAACGUCUGCAAAAGUUGGCGGCGCCCUUAGGACAGCUACUGCCAUCAAGCAAGCGCGGCACUCUAUCUCCGGUGAAGACAACAAAGUCUAAAGAGAAAGGAAGCCAUGUUACCAAAGCUAGGCGAAGCUCUGCCACCGUCAGCCCCAGUGACUUCCGCUCCUUGUGUAAGGAUGCAUCGAAUCACAAAGAUGGCGGGAAGACUGCGUUCGUGCCUGACCGAGAAUGGCAGACGUGGGCGUAUGUCAAGGUUACGUGGUCAUCGCAGAGCUCCGAAAAGUACAGUAUUGCAACCGAGGAUUCUUCCGAUCUACCAGACGCUCCAUCGACGCCUACCCCUGCUAGACGAUCAUCUGGGCUCAGCAGAUUAGAUACGAAUAGUCCACCAAAUGCACACUCUCCUGAAAAGGUGGGUGGACGGCAGAAAGCAGAAGGUGAUUUGCAUUGUGUCGAGUUCACCUACACAGAACUGGCGAGCACUUCGAUCGAAUCCAUCCUGCGGGAUCAGCCUGAAGAAAUGCCGGCCAAUUCACGAUACGAGCUGCUGCACCAGCUUCGUGUCGCGUACGGCUUGGUGACUUCGGCAAAGACUCGGAAGGAGCUGCUCGCUAUUCGAUUACUCGCCAUCAUGAGUCUCGCCAAUGUUUUCAAUGAUGAGGUUGACUUUUCUCAGAAGGUUUUCCCGAGCGAACAAGGAAUGCACAAGCCUCAUGAGUUGAUCCAGCAGCUUGUGAGUCUAGCUCAUGACGCGAAAAAAGGACAAUCCUCUGUGUCUUUGUACCUCCAAACCCUCGCAAUGGAGACCAUGACCUAUCUGGCUCAUUUCAAGUCGUUCGGCUCUGAGAUUAAUACCGCUUUAGGGGCUGGCUCUUCCCAAGGCCUUCUUUCUCAAUUAAUCCUCAAAGGCUUGCACGACAUUGCUAAGGACCACGACAGCACCGAUACUCCAGUUGGGGAUGAAUGGCGCGAAGCAAUUUUCUCUAUGCCUCGGACCCUGAUCGAAGUAGCUGGUCAUCACGGCCGGUCGAGUGAGGCUGUCAUCGCUACUACCUUCAUCACCACAUAUUUGUCUGGCUUCGAUAUCACAAGUGGAAAAGCUCUGCGUGUCCAUUUGCAGAUGCUUGAUUUUAUCAAAAUGUUCUUCCACCAUUUCAAGGAUGGCCUCACGACCCUGCUGGCAAAUAAUGCAUACGAACAUAUUAGCAACCUCUUGAGCAAAUUGGUGCAUAAUGCUUGGUCCAUGCUGCAGGACGGCGAGGGCAUUCCGGUCCAGUACAAGACUCGCGUUACAGACUAUGAAAUUCCAUAUAUGCACCAGCAGAUCAUUCGCUCCAUCAUUGAUAUGAUCAAUGACAUCAGUACUCACCAAGGUGCUCAGGCAGAUCGUGUCUUGAGAAGCCUGGUCGACUCCCAAGCACUCCUCCGAGCCUUCCGUCUCGUCACUGAUCAUUUGACCGCCUUCGGUGCACACACCUGGAGCGAAGUUGUCAAAGCGAUAUGUGGGUUCCUCCAUAAUGAGCCGACUAGCUACACUGUCAUCUCGGAAGCAGGCAUCAUACAGAGUCUCCUGGAGACCGUUACCGUGGGCCAGAAACCUGAGGAUGGUCGAAAUCCGAGGUCCGUGUCGUCCCGGCCUGAGAAUCGUCCACAAGGCAUACCACCGGUGCAAGAUGCAAUAGUGAAUGUGUCUCAGGCGUUCGGUGCUAUAUGUCUGACAAAUGCUGGAUUUGAUCAUUUCAAGGCCUCUGGGGUGUUGGAAAAGUUCUUCGAGAUUUUCGAAUCGCCAGCACAUGUCAAAGUGUUGACUGAUGCCAAUGUUUUCGCGCUUCUUGGAUCAACAUUUGAUGAGCUCAUUCGCCACCAUCCUAACAUGCGAAAUGCAGUCAUGAGCGCCGUCAUUGUUAUGAUGUCGCGCGUGAGACAUAUCAGCAGAGCUCUGUCUGUCGAUUUUGGUGCUGGCCCCAAACUCUGGCUCCCUUCUCAAGAGCCGCUGGCACCUUGUGGGGGUCGGGAGGCUCUUUCUCUUGAAAUCGCCCCCCCUCCAGUAUCAGAAGAUGGGAUCACUCCUCCACCUCGUGUCCUCGAAUUGCCUAAUGACAACAAAUUGACUGUCGAAGACUCGAUAUUGCCGCCAAGUAUCGUAUCCGAGGCCCCGAGGGAUCAAGACAAUAAUGGUCUCAAAGCAAACGACUAUGUUAGACCUGCCGUUGGAUUCUUGGCCACUUUCUUCGAAAACCAGAGUCUGUGCAACAUCUUCUUGGAACACGGAGCCUGCGAUCUGGUUCUGGAUCUUGUGACUCUUCCAAGCUUACCAGUCUCAAAUGAACCCUUCGACAGGAUUACUGGGAUGUUUCAGGAAGUGGCCACUGCCGUACACAUGAUGGCAGAGUGCAAACCUCACAUCGUCCUACCUACCCUGUUGGACCGCGCACGUUUCGCGUGCAGUGAGCUGAGACAUUUUGCUCAGUGUCAACCCAAAGAUUGGUCAAGCUACUUUGGGAAGUUGGUCAACCCGAACCCCGCGUCUUCCGAAAUUCCAUCUCCGAGUCAAGGCGUCGAGACUACGGGAACCCAAGUGGUUAGGGCCUUGAUGACUGUUUUCAGCAUCGCUCAAGUCUUGGCUGAAGUAUUCAAUGCUCCCAUGUACAACACGAGAUCAACUCAAAAUUUGCUGUUCUCUCAGGUCAAUCUUGCAGAUAUCUUGGCUGAGAUCGUGAAGGCAAUGGGUGGAAUCUCGGCCGCCUGUUACCGAGAAGAUAUUGCCAUCCAGCUUGAUAUCCCUGCUGGCUGGGCUCUGGAAACGCGCCCCGAAAACUUCUCAACGGGUGAUGAUGAAGUGGACAAGAUUUUGAGUGUUCGUGGGAACGGCAUACAGAUUCAUAAUGACCAAGCUUCGAACUCACCAGAGAAUGAUACUACCACCGCUGUCAACAACGCUCAAUUAGCAAAAGACAAGCAAACUGCAGCGUUCAAAAAUCUUCAAACUCUGCGCUAUCUCCUUGUUGAGACCCCUGCAGCCAUUACCGAGUUCCUUUGCCGCCUAGGACGUGGGAUCACAGGGCGACGGCGUCCCGACACUUUCGCACGCCAGAAGAAUGCCAUGGCCGCGAGGGCUUUAGCGACAGCCUAUCUUACCGAACUUCACCCCUACUUUCUUAAUCCCGUGGCCACUGAAGAACACGUCACCUCUCGGUUUACAUAUUUGGUGAUUGCAUUGGACAAUAUCCGCCGCAGCUUUUUCGACGACAGCCAUCCUACGUCCGGCCCGAUAUCACUGCCCGCUAGACAAAGCUUCGUCAUUGAGGCCUUCCGCGAUGCUGGCGGUGUCAAGAGCUUGACAUCUAUUGGAACAGAAUUUUUUGAUAAGCUGAAGUCUUGCAAGGUGGAAGAGUUCAUGUUCUCUGCCAACACUGGCCUCAAGAUUUGCCUCGAUAUCUUAGAUGAAUUCACCAACUCCAAAAACAUCAUGGACUCUGCUCAAUCAAACACCAUGAAGAUGACCGACCCGAGCAAACAGGUCUGGUUCGUGCCUGGACAAGUCCUUGUGAACCUACGCACGGAAGCAAUUCCCCUGACAAAGUUGAUCUGGGAGAGUGAAUAUGCUGAUCAGGCCUCAAAUGAUGUUGUACAAAAGUUGAUCUCCAUUCUGAAUCAUAUUCAAACUGCCGACCACGAGACUGAAGCCAUCCGAGACCGGAAAAGCAUACCUAAGCUAGAGUCAUUCUCUCCAAGAAAGUUGAGCAUUGACCUUCAAAGAAUCAACUAUCUCAAGGACAAGGGCUAUGAUGAGAGUCUUGCCCGAGAGGCUCUGUACCGUGUUAAUCCUACGCUAAACAGUAGUAACACCCCUGCAGAAGAAUACUGCAAAGCUUUCAAGUCGAAUCCGUGGCGCAGAAGACUCCCAAUCCCAACCCAGGAAGGCAAUCUUCCGGCAACUACAAAUGAUACUCCAAGUAUCUCGAGCCCCAUUUCCAAUCCUUUGGCAGCUGCAUUGAUGGGCUCACCUGCCACUGGGGCUAUCGAAGCUGCACUCGCUGAAGUCGCCAACAACGCCUCUGCUUCAUAUGAGAUGGAGGAUGUUCUGCCAUCCGAACCUCAAGCAUCGUCCGGGUCCGCAUCAAUUGGCAACUCCGGCCCGGCGACGUCAUCUGCUAUGGACCUCAGCAACAUCUUAAACGAUGAUGGUGCUGCUCAAGAGCGUCAGUCAAAACACUUGUCUCCACCGUCCCCCGAUGUACCCCUUUCCGCGCCCUAUACUGUUGAAGAGCUCACUCGCCUGAGGCAUGAACUCAGAGACGAUCUUCCCGAGCGCUGCAUCAACAUUCUGCACAACCACCCCAAUCUGACCUUUGAACUGUCCGACCUGAUCUUCAGUGCAUCCAAGGCCUCGAAGGAAGGUCACGAACAGUUUUGGACGGCAGUAAUUGAGGUGCUCUUGGGAGGGCUUCUGUCAAAUCAAUUCGACAAAGACUCAAAGGAAGGUGGCAAUGAAGCAACGGGAAAGAAGGUUUCCGCCAGUGCCCACCUCAUCGCUCUACUUAUCCAAGGUGGUGAAGUUCUCGAUUCAACUCUUAAUGUGUUUCAAGAGUCGUUCGACGGACUCCUGUCAUUCCUUCGCUUACCAGCGUCGGAUGGGCGGACAACAGAUGAGUCCUUCCCAUGGAUAGCUCCGGUGCUGUUGAUUGUCGAGAAGAUGCUAUCAAGGGACAGUGAGCCUGCCCAGGUCAAAUGGAAUACCCCCAAUGACCUUGAGACUAGCAGCAGGGCAGAGCUAGUCCCUGGUAAUGUCCUUGAUUACGAGGUGAAGCAAGAAUUAUUCGACAUACUUGUCAAUAUGCUUCCACGCGUUGGAAAGGACCAAAAUAUGGCCCUGGCUGUCACAAGAGUACUCGUCAUUUUGACUCGGUCUCGUGACAUCGCAACCCGCCUUGCUGAGAAACGCAAUCUGCAAAGACUCUUCCUGAUGGUCAAGCAGCUCGUCAACGGCGUUAAUCAUCGACUCCAGAGCUCCUUUAUGACUAUCUUACGACACAUAGUGGAAGACGAUGACACUGUGAAGCAGAUCAUGCGAAGUGAGAUCAAAGCGCUGUUCAAUUCUCGAAGCCCCAGAAAUCAGCUCGAUACAGCGGCCUAUACUCGGGAGCUUUACUAUCUGGUUCUGCGUUCUCCAGAACUAUUUGUCGAAGUCACCAAUGAAAUGGUCAAACUCGCUUCAUGGACACCUCAUGGGUCUGGAGCCAUUAAUCUUGUUCUCAGAGAGAGCGAAGCUUCCAAGUCAAAGGAGCAGAACAAGGAUGGACAACCUCAGCCGACUAAAGAAAAUGAGGAUGUUUCAAUGCGACCUGCAGCGACCGCAGAGGUCAUCGAUGAUUCUUUGGAACCCCGCAACAAGACCAAGAUCUCGGAGGCGAGACCUCCGAUAAUUGAGAAUCCUGAUGGAGUUAUUCACUUCAUUCUUUCGGAGAUGUUGACAUACAGGAAUGUUGAAGACAAGGAACCACCUGCGGAAUCGGCCACAAAGCCGGAGCAAAGCCCUGAUGAAUCAUCUCCACAAGAGACGCCCGAAGUCUCUACGCCCUUGCCUCAAGCACCGUCAAAAGCCGAAAAGCCGAAGUUCAAACUCGUAGAACACCCCAUCUUCUCCUACCGGUGCUUCUUGAUGUACAGCUUAUCCGAGCUGUUACAUUGUUACAAUCGUACCAAGGUUGAAUUCAUCACUUUCAAUCAAAAAGCGGACCCGAAGGCGGCGACGCCUUCGAAACCUCGGGCCAACGUUCUCAACUAUUUUCUGGAUAGUCUGAUCCCUUCCGGUUAUGUUGACAAGGAAGACUCGCUCGUGUUCAAGAAAAAGUCGUUGACCAGCGAGUGGGCAAUCAAAGUGAUAGUAGCAUUGUGCUCCAAAACCGGAGAAUUUGGCGCGAUAGCCCCGUCGCCGCGUUAUUCAGCACCCCCGCAAGUUGAUGAUGCAAACGACGAACCAGAACUUCAAUAUGUGAGGCGUUUUGCUCUGGAGCAUGCCAUGAAAUCAUACAAGGACGCUAUCUCAUCUAGUGACUCUCGGCAGGCUAAGUAUAGCAAACUACUAUGUCUCGCAGACAUGUUCAACCGACUUCUGACGAAACCAGCCGUACCUGAUGGGUCUGCCGGGUCUCAAAACCCAUCCUACAAGGCUCUUGCACGAAUGAUGUUCGAAAAGAACCUCACAGCGGUCUUGACGAGCUCACUUGCGGAGAUAGACUUGUCAUUCCCCGGGUCCAAAAGAGUCGUCAAAUUCAUACUCCGACCUCUGCAGGAACUAACCGCACUUGCCACAACUCUCAGUCUCACCGAACCUGACUUCGUCAACUCCGUAAGCUCAAGCACUGAAGAAGAUCUUAUAUCUUCAGCAUCGUCUGUGUCUGACGUCGAAGAGUAUCGUGAGGACACUCCGGAUCUCUUCAGUAAUUCCGCCUUGGGUAUGUUAGAUGGAGAUCAUGAGUCGGACUCGGAUUCCGAAGACGAAGAGGAAGAGGACGAUGAAGAGAUGUACGAAGAGGAAUACGAUGACGAGAUGGAAUAUGACGACGGCGUUGGCGGACCCAACGACGAUGAGGCAGUCAGUGAUGAAGAACUUGACAACGACAUGCCCCCUGAGGGUGAAAUCGAGGGUCUCCCUGGCGAUGUUCCUAUGGACAUUGAAUUUGUCGUCAACAAUCCUCACAUGGAUAUAGAUACAGAUGACGAGAACGAAGACGGAGAAGACGACGAGGAUACAGACGACGAAGAGGACGAUGAUGAUGACGAAGAGAUCAUGGUCGAAGAAGAUGACGACGUACAUGGGGGCGAGAUCACUGGUGACGAUGAAAACGAUAGCCUCAAUGACAUACAUGGCGACGAAGGCGAGUGGGAGGAUGAGGAAGACGACGAAGAUGGAGAUAGUGAAGUUGAAGAACAAGAGAUCCGUUUCGAUGCCGACGAGAUGCCGCUCGAAGGACACGGUGACCCCUCUGAUCAAGGAGUCAUCAGUGACCUCCUUCGCGUCCUUGAACACCACGACAUGGAAGAGCCAUCCGGUCACACCCACCAUAUCCCGGCCGAUCUUAUAGUCCCAGCUGCCGACAAUGGGGAUCCUGACGACGAGGACGAAGACGAUGAAGACGUCGAAGAUGCUGACGAAAUGGACGAGAACGACGACAUGGACUACGGCGAUUUCGACAAUUUCUUGGCCGACGCAGGAGCUGACGGCGAGCGCGUCAUCUGGGAAGCGCACUUUCCGCAUGCACGUCCACGCUCGCGACAUUUUCGUAAUUCCACCCAUUUGUCCAGCUUCAUGGGCCGUCGAAUCGGAGGUCGGGAAGACCUAAUGGCUAUGGGCCGCCCUGGUCGUUUAUCACAACAUGGUCGACCUGGGAUGGAUGACGGCACGAACCCUCUCUUGAGACGACCUCAACAGGAUCAUUCUCAUUCGCGACGUAUUGACCUACUUGGACCCAACUUCCUCGUAGCCCCUGGAAUGGAUACCGUUUCUGGCAUGCCAGGGUUUCCCCUUUUCGGCGCCACUCCUUUGCAGGCCAUCAUUCGUCAAGGAGACACGAUCGAAACGGGAUCCCAUGGGGGAAUGAUCGAAGACCUUCUUAUGCGCGUCGGAUUGCAUCGUGAUAAUCGUGACGCAGAGGGUCGGAUUCAAUUUCAGUUGACCGGACCACUUCCAGAUAUUCAAAAUGUCUUGCGACCAGCCACGUCAGGUAUGGCACCUCGCCAUCACGGUCGAGAAAAUUCGAUUCGUCUCCAUAAUUUUGUCCCAGCCCUCACCAUGACGAGAUGGCAAGAAGAAGCUCGUCUUCUUUUUGGCAACACCUAUGUUGAUAAAGUCCAACGUGUUCAAGUACUCAUCACGUCUCUUUUGGUCCCUCUUGCUCAAGAAGAGGAGAAAGAACGCCGACGCAAGCGUGAAGAAGAACAGAAAGCAGAACGUGAAGAGAUGGAACGACGGCGUCUCGAAGAAGAGCGACGUCAGAAGGAGGAAGAAGAGCGUGAGGCUGCAGCGAAAGCUGAAGAAGAACGCUUGCGAGCUGAAGAAGCCAUUACUGCCGCACGAGGACAGGACGAAAGCAUCUCAGACCAUGAUGAUGGCGACACUGAGCCAAUGGAAGAUGUUCAGGGCACCGAAACGAGGCUUCCAGAACAACCUGCCGAGGGCGAACGUUCUCAGUCACAACCUCGCGUCUACUUCAACAUUCGAGGUCGCGAACUCGACAUUACCGGCCUCGACAUUGACACCGACUAUCUUGAGGCUUUGCCCGAAGAAUUGCGAGAAGAGGUUGUCAUGCAACAGUACGCCUUACGACGCGACCAGGCACGCGAGCAAGGUGAUGAGUCCACAGUCAUCGACCCAGACUUCCUGAAUGCUCUUCCUGAGGAGAUUCGAGAAGAACUGCGACAACAAGAAGCCCAUGCUCAGCGCCGACGCGAGAGGGAAGCAGCUCGACGACAAGCUGCUGGCGGCGCUGGAGCCAUGCCACAGGUAGAAGAAAUGGACAAUGACACGUUUCUUGCGACUUUGGAUCCGGCUUUUCGACGGGUCAUCCUUGCUGAACAACCACCUGAGAUCUUGCGCCAGCUUGACCCCAGACAUGCAGCCGAGGGUCGCGCUCAUGCCAGGCGCCUUUUCCACUAUCCUAACGUCGGUGAUCGCGAAGGACGCGACGGCAGAGGACCUGGGGAUGGAGCUCAGCGUGACAACAAGCGAUUUAUUGUGCAAAUGGUUGACAAAUCCGGCGUGGCAACUCUUCUACGCCUAAUGUUCAUUCCACAGCAAGGAUCAUUGCGUACCAAUCUUUGGCACAUCCUCCGAAACAUUUGUGGUAAUCGUCAGACUCGCUUCGAGGUUAUCAACCUUUUGCUGGUGGUUCUCAAGGAAGGUUCGACGGAUGUGGGUGCUGUGGAACGGAGUCUGGCAAAUCUCUCCCUGCGUGCCAAAGCCCCUCAGGGACAGAAGACCCCACAACCACUGAAGCGAACUUUGUCGGUGCAGCCUGGUGGUGGUCUUGCAGAGAAUGUGACUCCUCUUGUCGUUGUGCAGCAAUGCUUGUCAGCGUUGCAACAACUCUGUCAGAACAGCGUACACACUCGAACCAUCUUCCUCCGUGAGAUUGAUGUCAGCCAAUCCUCAAAGAAGGGCAAGGAGAAAGCCAAGUCAACGAAGACAGUCAAAUAUCCUCUGAAUGACUUGAUAGGUCUCCUGGACCGCAAGUUGAUCGUAGAGAGUUCCAGCUGCCUACAGUUUUUGGCGGAACUUCUCUCUUCUGUCACCAAACCAUUGGCAGUACUGCUACGCAAAGAUAAGGAGGAGAAAACGUCGGAAGAUGGAGAGCCUGCUCAGAAGGAUCAAACCAAUGAACCCCCCGCGUCUGUGGAACAGGCUCACGAUCCACAAAGCGGUGAAGUUCGAGAUGUCGAAAUCAGGGAUGCUCCAGCUAUGACUCCAGCAAACAACGAGCCCACAACUGGAAGUGCCGCAAUCCCGCAAACUCAAACACCAGACCUCAAUGAUGAUCUGAACAGUGAGGAAGCAAAGUCGAAAAAACCAUUCGAGCCACCAGCCAUUUCAGAGCACAAUCUCCAGCUCAUUGUGAGAAUUUUCGUGGCGCCAGAGUGCAAUAGCGACACUUUCCACUCAACGCUGGAGACACUCUGGAGCCUUUCGUGCAUUCCCAACACGGCAGUCGUCUUUAGCAAAGAAUUGAUCAGCCAUGUCAAACAUCUGUCGCAGUCAAUCUGGACAGAUCUCGAGGAGCUCCUGCCUCAAUUGAAGGAUGCUCAGUCAAUUACAGAUCUUCAGGCAGUGUCUUCAAUCAAGUUUUCCCACGGAGGAUCUGAUCAAGUUAAACUCUUACGAGUUCUUCAAGCAUUGGAUUAUCUCUCUGCGGCAAAGACAGACGCGGAGGGGACGGACGACAAGAGUGUUUCCAAGAGCAUUCUUACAACUUCUUACGACACUCUUUCCCUGCGACCAUUGUGGAACAAACUGAGCGAGUGUCUUACCACAAUUCAAGACAAGGACAACAUUACCGGCUUUGCAACAAUGCUUCUACCUCUUAUCGAGUCACUCAUGGUUGUUUGCAAAAAUACCUCUCUUAAGGAUUCGGCGUUGGCUCGACAAGUACGCGAGCAACUCCCUGGAAGUCCAGCGCCCGAAACCAUGGACGAAGUUCAAGAGCUGUUCUUCAAUUUCACCACAGAGCAUCGCAAAAUCCUAAAUGACAUCAUCCGCCAGUCACCGAGACUGAUGCAGGGCAAUGGCAGUUUCAGCUUGUUAGUAAAGAACUCAAAGGUACUGGACUUUGACAACAAACGCACCUAUUUCACUAAACAGAUCCAUUCUCGCCUCCAUCAACAGCGCCACAUUCAGCCACCGUUACAACUCAAUGUUCGUCGUGACCAGGUUUUCCAGGACUCUUACAAAGCCUUGUAUUACAAGACUGCCGAUGAGAUGAAAUAUGGCAAAUUGAACAUUCGAUUCAAUGGUGAAGAAGGUGUGGACGCAGGAGGUGUUUCCCGAGAAUGGUUUCAAGUGCUCGCUCGUGGCAUGUUCAACCCUGACUGGGCUCUGUGGCAACCAGUCGCCUCAGAUCGUACUACAUUCCAUCCCAAUCCUCUCAGCUGGAUCAAUGGUGAACAUCUUCUGUACUUCAAGUUUAUUGGUCGUAUCAUCGGCAAAGCACUUCACGAAGGUCGUGUACUUGAUGCUCACUUUAGCAGAGCAGUCUACAAACGACUUCUUGGAAAAGAACCCAACCUCAAGGAUCUCGAGUCAAUGGACCUCGACUACUACAAGAGUCUUGUCUGGAUCCUCGAAAACGACAUCACUGAUGUCAUCACCGAGGAUUUCUCCGUUAUUGAAGAACAGUUUGGUGAGGAGAAAGUGGUUGAUUUGAUCCCAAACGGAAGAAACAUCCCCGUCACCGACGAGAACAAGCGAGAAUAUGUCAAUGCUCAAGUCCGCUAUCGUCUCACAACUUCGGUCUCAGAGCAGCUCGAAAACUUCGUUCGAGGUUUCCAUGAUAUCAUUCCCGCUGAACUGGUUGCAAUCUUUGAUGAGCAAGAACUAGAACUAUUGAUUUCUGGUUUACCUGAAGUCGAUGUGGAUGAUUGGCGCGCUCACACCGAGUAUCAUAACUACACAGCGAAUAGUGCACAAAUCACUUGGUUUUGGCGAAUUGUUCGUGGGAUGAGCAAUGAAGAGCGAGCGAAAUUGCUUCAAUUCGUAACUGGCACGAGCAAGGUCCCUCUCAAUGGCUUCAAAGACCUGGAAGGAAUGCAAGGAAACACCUUGUUCAGCAUUCACAAGGACCCCAGUCAGAACCGCCUUCCUACCAGCCAUACUUGUUUCAAUCAGCUUGAUCUACCGGCUUACGAUGAUUACGACACGCUCAAGAGUAGCUUGAUGACAGCCAUCAACCUUGGUGCGGAUUACUUCGGCUUUGCAUGAGUGCAAUUUUAGAGUGAUGAAAGGGGGUUGUUGUGACACUUAAAUAGCAUUUUUAUCGGUGUCGAUGUGUGGUCAGGGCGUUCGUUCGGAAAGUCCACCAGAGAGGUGGCAACAAUAUUUGCACUGGUUAGAAAGGCACAAGCGGGUGUUUGAAAAGUGCGAGGAUGGUUAUUUAAGACCACUGGCAUGGUCUACGAGUAGCAGCAUGAAUACAAAGGAGACUUGUAGGAACGAGAUGUGCAGAUCUCGUUUCUCAUUGCUUUCCCCAUUUCUUGAAUCGCCCAUAUCAAUAGAAGAGCCUCUCAAUAAACUAUGAAAACUCC